AAGAUUUUGCUGGGUAUGUUUGUGUAAAUGUAUUUACUGUUAUAUAAAAAUUCUUUUAGAAAAAAAAAAUACAAUAAUCAUUCAAAAUUAAAAAAAAUACUGAAAAACUGUCCACUGUAGUGCCCACUGUCCCUUAAAGGUUCAACUACCAACUAAUUUUACAAAUAAAUUCUCAAGGGCAAAAUUAUUUUUAAAAAAAUACAAUUCUAAAUGGCUUCUUUUAUUUUCCUUCAACGCUUCGUUAUGUUUUCCCCUUUAAUAAACUGAAAAUAUAAUUAAAAAGCGGUAAAAGCGCUUUAUUGUUCAAUUAGCAUUGUUUCCAUAUUUUCAAUGAUCUACACAUACAUUACUUUGAAAGGGAUUGCCGGAAACUACAUGUUUACCUCCGGAAACUUUGAGUCCUACAUUACUUACCGAUACUUGAUGGAAUGGCACCGAGAGCAACUUUGUUUUCGUCAACUUCUCAAAUCGUCUUCAGACAAAAAAGCUACAACUUAACCUGAAUUAGUGACCAAGAUAAAGAUUUUAACAUUCCAAAGACAGAUUUUUCUGAAAUUGUGUCGAACGAAGAAGACAUCGCCGCUCUUUGUGAUUGUUUUCUUUAAGUAAGCUAAUUUAGCUCAAGUUAAAAGUUCGAAUUUAGCGUCUCACUACAUAGAUUUAGGAUGCAUCCACUAAUAUUUCAUGAUUUCGGCGUGAUGGAGUGAGAAUGGGACGAGGCAGCGUGGAAAGUGGCUUCAGCCCUGGAGGCUGAUGCACCUUCUCCGUCGACCCGCCAGAAUGCACAUAGCGUCGGUGGGCCUCAGUAAGGUUGGCUUCCUGUUUUCCCUUCUGUUCUGCGGGCUCCUCUUGCUGCUCAUACCAGCCUUCCAACCGACGGCCCGCCAGGUGGACUUGCCCCAGCCCCGACCUCAAGUCAGGACCUCAGCGUCCAAUUCACAGCAGAUAUCCGGGCCUCCCACUGUGUCAGAUUCUGCUGGUGACCCUGAUACGGGGUUGAAUAUAAGCUCAGGAGGCACGAAUGACACCUUAGAGACUGAACUUUUUGAGAACGAUGACUACAGGGGGACUUCCUCUGAUACAGAUUCCAACGCUGAAGUACAAGAACUUGCUGGACCUGGUGCACGCGACCUUUUGGAAUUAAAGGAUAUUUUUAUCGCCGUUAAAACCACGAGGAAGUACCACAAAUCCCGACUGGAGCUGCUUAUUCAAACCUGGAUAUCACGGGCUAAAGAACAAACUUACUUAUUCUCAGAUGGAGACGAUAAAGAGUUGCAGAGGAGAACAGGUGCAAAUAUUAUUAACACCAACUGCUCUGCAGCUCACACUCGACAGGCUCUCUGCUGCAAGAUGUCUGUUGAAUAUGAUAAAUUCAUUGAGUCUCAGAAAAAGUGGUUCUGCCAUGUGGAUGAUGAUAACUACGUGAUCCUACCAAGCUUGUUGCAACUGCUCUCUUCCUACCACCACAGCCAAGAUGUUUACCUUGGUCGGCCCAGUCUCGACCACCCUAUCGAAGCUGCCGAGAGGGUCAAAAGCAAUGGAUUGGUCUCAGUCAAGUUUUGGUUUGCAACUGGUGGCGCAGGUUUUUGUAUCAGCCGAGGUCUGGCAUUGAAAAUGAGUCCAUGGGCCAGUUUGGGGAAUUUCAUCAGCACUGCAGAGAAGAUACGGCUCCCAGAUGAUUGUACUAUUGGCUACAUUAUUGAGGCUCUGUUGGAAGUCUCAUUAAUACACACGCACCUCUUCCACUCCCACUUGGAGAAUCUCCAAAAGUUGCCCACAGACAGUGUUUUGGAGCAGGUUACACUUAGCUAUGGUGGCUAUGAGAACCGACGAAACGUGGUCAGCAUUGCUGGAGGCUUUUCACUACUUGAAGACCCAACAAGGUUUAAGACAGUCCACUGCCUACUAUAUCCUGAUACUGACUGGUGUCCAAAGCCUAAACCUCAUAGCAGAAAGUGACUUCCACGGUACCUUCAUCCAGCAACUCCAUAAAACAUAAUGAGCUAGCGUGCUCUCUGAAGUCGAGAUUUCCUCACAACUGAUGCUUUAAUUCCGAGCUAACUCGCCUCCUACCUCAUGAGUGUUAGACAUGAUUCUUUUGCCAAACUCACACUAAACACAAAGGUGUGGCCUUUAAGCCAGAGAGUGGCUAACAGAAAUUAGUAGAAAGUGGUCAAUGGUGUCUUGGGAAUCUGAAGAUUCCUUUAGAAUGAUCAUGAAACAAAACAACAGAAAAAAAAUGAUGAUGAAACCAUGACUCUAAUGCACAGAACUCCUGUAUUGUGGAAAGAGGAUAUACUUCAAGUACGUGUACCUGUACUACAAAAACGUAUUACAUGCAUUUACUAGUAUUUUAAGUACAUGUACUAGUGAGACAAGCAUGUAUACUUGUACUACUAGCGUGUGUACUUGCGUGUUGCGUGUAUUUGUAUUACACGCACCUGUACUUGCGUGUAUUUGUACUGCAAGCACGUGUAUUUGCGUGUACAUGCACUACAAGCACGUGUAUUUGCGUGUACUUCUGGGCCAAGCAUGUGUACUUGCAUGUACAUGUACUACAGGAACGUGUACUAGUACUACAAGCACGCGUACUUGCGUGGGCAUGUACUACAAGUAUACUGACCAGCACAGCAAAGCUACCCACAGAUUUUCUUCACAAAAUGCAUUUUCUAGCUUCUGAUUGGAAUGAAACAUUGGUAUGAUAGCAUAGCUUGAUUCACCAUUGCAUACUUGUACUAUAAGAAUGGGUACUAGUACUACAAGCACGUGUACAUGUGUGUAGUAGUACUGUAAGAAAGCAGACUACACACAUGUAUUUGCAUGUACAUGUACUACAAGCAUGUCUACUUGUACUGGAGAAACCUGUACUAGUACUACAAGCACGUGUACUUGCAUGUACUUGUACUACAAAAACGUGUACUUCUACGACAAGCAUGUGUACUUGCAUGUACUUGGACUAUAGGAACGUGUACUAGUACUACAUGCACGUGUAUGUACGUGGACAUGUACUACAAGCACGUGUACUUGCAUGUACUUCUACGAUCAGCAUGUGUACUUGCGUGUACUUGUACUAUAGGAACGCGUUCUAGUACUACAAGCAUGUGUACUUGCGUGGACAUGUACGACAAGCACGUGUACUUGUGUGUACUUUUACUACAAGCAUGUGUACUUGUACUAUAAGAACAUGUACUAGCACUACAAACACGUGUACUUGGGUGGACAUGUACUACAAGCACGUGUACUUGUGUGUACCUGAACUACAAGCACGUGUACUUGCGUGUACUUGUACGAAAAGAACGUGUACUAGUACUACAAGCACAUGUACUUGCGUGGGCAUGUACUACAAGCACGUGUACUUGCGUGGGCAUGUACUACAAGCACAUGUACUUGCGUGGGCAUGUACUAUAAGCACGUGUACUUGUACAACAAGCAGUACUUGCGUGUACCUGAACUACAAGCACGUCUACUUGCGUGUACCUGAACUACAAGCACGUGUACUUGUGUGUACUUGUACUAUAGGAACGCAUUCUAGUACUACAAGCAUGUGUACUUGCGUGGACAUGUACGACAAGCACGUGUACUUGUGUGUACUUUUACUACAAGCAUGUGUACUUGUACUAUAAGAACGUGUACUAGUACUACAAACACGUGUACUUGCGUGUACCUGAAUUACAAGCACGUCUACUUGCGUGUACCUGAACUACAAGCACGUGUACUUGUGUGUACUUGUACGAGAAGAACGUGUACUAGUACUACAAGCACAUGUACUUGCAUGGGCAUGUACUACAAGCACGUGUACUUGCGUGGACAUGUACUACAAGCACAUGUACUUGGGUGUACUUGUACUACAAGCACGUGUACUUGCGUGUACUUGUACUAUAAGAACAUGUACUAGUACUACAAGCACGUGUACUUUGCUGUACUUGUACUACAAGCAUGUGGACUUACAAGCACAUGAGAGUUGUACUACAAGCACAAGUUCUUAGGAGUACUUGUACUAUAAGAACAUGUACUAGUACUACAAGCACGUGUACUUGCGUGUACUUGUACUAUAAGAACAUGUACUAGUACUACAAGCAUGUGUACUUUGCUGUACUUGUACUACAAGCAUGUGGACUUACAAGCACAUGAGAGUUGUACUACAAGCACAAAUUCUUAGGUGUACUUGUACUAUAAGAUCGUAUUCUAGUGCUACAAGCACGUGUACUUGCGUGGACAUGUGCUACAAGCACAUGAGUUUUGUACUACAAGCAUGUGUACCUGCGUGUACUUGUACUACAAGAAUGCAUACUUGCGUGUACUUGUACUACAAGUAUGAAAAAUUGGUAUGAUAGUGCAGCUUGAUUCUCCAUUGCGAAGCACUUAUCCGGCAGCCCCAAAGGGAUGUUGUGCGCUCCAAUAAUGUGAUCCUGGUUGCAGUACCAUUUUAGGUCACCAAUCUUGCAUAUUGCUCAGUGUUCAGACUGACGUGGCAUUAGACUGUUUUAAUGUUUCAUUUUUGCUUUUCUGAAUUCAGUGUUUUAGCUCAGCAAUGUGCUUGGCUUAGCCUCAGUGGUAUGUGAGUGGUUAAAAGUGAAAAAUAAUUUCUUCUACUUGCUGCCUGUGUGUUUUUCUACCCAGUGGUAGUUUGAUUCAGUUCUUCAACGGAAUGUUUUGCAUUUCCAUUUUGUUCAAAUAUAUAUAAAUAUCAAUAGACUGAAUAUUGUAUUAUGUUGCUCAAAAUAAUGAAGGAUGACGACUCAAGAAUGAGAUGAGGUACUUGCAUGUGCAUAAUGGAUGAAUUUAACAGUUUUGUUUUUUUAACUGAAGCCAAUGACCUGUAUCCGAUUUUAUUUUAUUAUUAUUUGUUUUUUAUGUUGUUAGCUUCAGAACCACCCACGUUUAUGGUCUUUGCACUAUUUUGACUGUGCAUGUGUUCAUGAAAUGCAAAAUGCCAAAGUGAUUUUCCGUUUGGUCAUUAAACGUUAACUAUGCAUGUCCUUUUAAACACAACUUUGACUUAUUUUUCCUAUUUGGAUGUUGAAUUCCACAGAUCUGAUUGAACAAUGUCAACCAUAUAUUAAUAAAAUUGGGUGUGCAAAUACAUGCAAAAUUUACAAUGUGCUAUGUUAAUCAUUGGAAUGUUAAUUGGAUAACAGUUUUCAUUGUCCAACCUGAGAUUUUACAUAUUUUUGGAAUGGUAAAGUUAGAUACCUAAAAAAAAGACCAUCCCUGUCAGGUUUGAGUUAUUGGGUCUAACAGCUCUUGUAAAUUAUAUGGCUCCAUUCUACCAUCAAUCAGUAUUUCAACUUGUAUAGUUUUUGUCUGUUUUGUUAACUUGCUCACAUGCGCAAAUCCAAAUGUGUGUCACUGCAGGUCAGUGCUUGAAACUCUGAUGUGUUUUCUUUCAUUCAUGCAG